GUAGUAGAGUGGAUAGCAAACAUUUAGAGCUCAGUAUAAAUUUUGACAUUUUAGAUCAAAAUGGGAUGUGAUGGCGGUACGAUACCUAAGAGGGAUGAACUUGUCAGGACGAAGAAAAAGCCAGAACAGAAAGAUAAAACUGCUGAUCUUGAUGCCAAGUGGAAACAUUGUGCAAUAACACAGGAGCCUCUUCGUGAACCAAUCAUGGCAUGUGAGCUAGGCAGGUUGUACAACAAAGAGGCAGUGUUGGAAUUUUUGAUUGACAGGACUAAAUUUGAGUGUGCCCCAAGCUUUGAACAUCUGCGAGGUCUCAAGGAUUUAAAGGAGUUAAAAUUGACAGAAAACAAAGGAUAUGGACGACCCAAGAGUGAGAAAGGAGACAGCUAUAUUGACACACAGGACGCCAAGUAUAUCUGCCCAGUAGUGGGGAUCACCAUGAACGGAAAACACGGGUUUAGUUUCAUCUGGUCUUGUGGAUGUGUUUUAUCUGACAGAGCUCUCAAAGAAGUCAAAUCUGACAUCUGUCACAAGUGUAACAGUAAGUUCUCCCGAGAUGAUGUGAUCACAUUAAAUGGAUCUGAUGAGGAGUUUGAGCGAUUACAGCAGAGAAUGAAGACCAGAAAGGAACAGGCCAAACUGGCAAAGAAAGCUAAAAAGCACAAAGCUGACUCUACAGAAUCUGAAUCAAAAGUCACAGAUGCAAAGAAAGCUAAAACAGACAAGUCCUCUACCAAGACAUCUUCCAGAGAAGCUUCAGGGGGACCCAAGGACAAACUUGUGACCCACACCAGCAUUCAGAAGGACCCCAAGGCCAGCUCCACCUACAAGUCUCUGUUCACCUCCAGUACCAAGGCUAAAAACCAGCAGUCCGCUCACUGGGUCACGUACAACCCAUUCUAUAACUGAGAGGGGGGAUGUAGCCAUCACUUACAUCCCAUUCUAUAACUAAGAAAUGGGACGUUUAGCCAAUGAGCCUAGAACUAUUUGAAGAUCUAGACUGAAAAACAUUCCUCAGAUUUAAAGAUUGAUAAAAGGCUUAUAAAUUGCUUGUACAUGUAUUUCAAAUCAAAUGAGAACUGUAUUAAUGGUGCAUAUAUGCACACUUUUUAUAGAUUUGUGCCUUGAAGUUAGACAAAGGGAAUAAUAUUCAAGGGCAGAUAGGAAACCAUUUUGAAGGACUGUUAAUAGACCUUGAUUUGGUCAUAAUAUUGAUAAUGUUGAAGUUUCUAUCUAUGUACCAAAACACAAAAAGAAUGUAUUGCAAUACAGCAAAAAGCAGACUGGAAACAAAUUUUAAGUUUUCAAUGAUGUACAAAGUUAUCUGGAUUUUAAAUCAGUUGUAAUUUCAUUUAAAAUGAGAUAUUGUAUUUUUAAAUUGACUAACUUAUUGUUUUUAUUUUUAAAAAUAUGUGUUUUAAUUUCUUGAACUUAUGGUGUUUGGGAAGAAGAUGCCCAUGGGCAAUAUCUUUUUGUUCAAAACUGUAACAUUGAACAAGGUCUUAGGAUUAAAAUCUAAUUAAUACCGGGUGCAAUUACAAUUACCUGUACAAUAUUGAAUACAGUUGUAUGACUUGUCA